AUGAAGUGCAUGAUGGACGCCUUGCCCCGCCAGGCCGCUGCACCUUGCGGGCGCCUCGGGUCUCGGGCAGCCCUCGCGCUAGCCCGGGCCGGGCAAGAACUUGCUGGUGCGCCGGGGAUCGUUCUCCCUGGGGACACGGGGAUGCCGGCUGGCGCCGCCAUCACCAGCGCCAGGUGGAGGAAGCAGCAGCAGCAGCAGCGAGCAGUGAGCAGGCCGGAGCAAGCUGUCCCUGCUCUUGGCUGCUGGAUGCCGACAGCAGGAGCAAACCAGGCCUCCUCAAUCUUUGGGGUGGGGAGCGUUAGAUUCAGCUUAGAGUCCGCAGAAGUGGAGAAGCCAAGCGACGGGCUGCUGCCCUUCCUCAGCUGGCAGACCCUCCAGCCAGAGCAGGGGACCUGUGACCCUCCGAAGGAGCUGAAGGACAAGCUCCAGCAACUUAGGCAUGUGACGCAGGCAGAGCGCUGCUGGGAUGAUAUGGAAUGUGACCAGUUGCCUGCAGAGGCCCUCCGACAGGUGAAAGUCCAGCGUCACCCCGUCUAUGGAUUCGGCUUUGUGGCCGGAAGUGAGAGACCGGUGGUAGUUCGCUCAGUGACCUCAGGAGGGCCAUCUGAGGAUAAGCUGUUGGCAGGUGACCAAAUUUUGGCCAUAAACCAUGAAGAUGUAAGUGACGCCCCCAGAGAGAGAGUUAUAGAACUUGUCAGAGGCGCCAAGGAGGCCCUGGUCCUUACCGUGCUACAGACUCAUCAGUCCCCAAAAUCAGCCUUUAUCAGUGCAGCCAAAAAGGCGAAAUUGCGGUCCAAUCCAGUGAAAGUUCGCUUUUCAGAACACGUCACCAUUGGCGAGACUGAUCCCGACAUGCUGAAGAAGGAAGCGCUUCUCCUGAUUCCAAACGUGCUGAAGGUUUUCCUUGAGAACGGACAGAUCAAGUCUUUCACCUUUGACGGCCGAACCACCGUCAAGGAUGUGAUGAUGACCCUCCAGGAUCGGCUGUCCUUGAGGCAUAUCGAGCAUUUCUCCCUGGUCCUGGAAUACUCCAGCCCUGAACAGAGCCACAAGUUCCUUCUUCUGCAGGACAAACAGCCCCUGGCCCACGUGGUACAGAGGACGCACUACCAAGGAAUGCGAUGCCUCUUCCGGGUCAGCUUUUUUCCCAAAGACCCCGUGGAGCUGCUUCGAAGGGACCCGGCAGCCUUUGAGUACCUGUAUAUCCAGAGCCGCAACGAUGUGAUCAGGGAGCGAUUUGGGAUGGAGCCCAAGCCGGAAAUGCUGCUCGGCCUGACUGCCCUGCACAUUUACAUCACGGUUUCAGCCACACGGCCAAGCCAGAAAGUCUCUCUCAAAAACGUGGAGAAGGAAUGGGGCUUGGAGCCGUUUCUGCCCCCUUCGCUGUUGCAAGGCAUCAAAGACAAGAGCCUCCGGAAGGCCCUGUCUCAGCAGCUGAAGGCCCAUCAGAACCAGCCCCCCUGGGGCACCAAGAUCACCACCACCCAAGCGAAGCUCCACUACCUGCGCAUCCUGAAUGAGCUGCCAACCUUUGCAGGCGUCCUGUUCAGCACUGUGGGACUGGAUGAGAAACAGUCAGCCACCACCCUCCUGGUGGGGCCUCGCCAUGGCAUCAGCCAUGUCAUUGAUCUGAAGACAAACCUCACCACCGUGCUGUCCGAGUUCAGCAAAGUCAGCAAGAUCCAGCUCUUCAGGGAGAACCAAGGUGUGGCCCGGGUGGAAACAAGCAUCCUGGAUGCCAAGCCUCUAGUGCUGCUAAUGGAAUGGCCGGAGGCCACCAACUUCACCUGCCUCAUUGCUGGCUACUGCCGCCUUCUGGUGGACUCCAAGCGAACGCUCCUUUCCCGACCCACCAGUCAGCCACCACCGCUUCCACUGACCAAGGCAGGUGCGUUUCAUCCUCUGAGAUUUCCUCCGGCACCAGCAGGGCCCCUGGCUAAGAAGGAGAGCAGGCUCCUGGGAGGCUCUCUCCCCAGCUCCGGAGCGGGGAGCCCUCCAGAUCCCCUGGACUCGGAGCUCCUCGGCUUUUGCUACCUGCACCUGCGGGAGCACAAGAAGGAGCGCAAGAGCAGGACUGACGUCAAUGAAAACCUGAUCCUCUUUGAGGAGUCCCGGCCCCGGACCAAAUCGGAUCCCACCUCAGAGAGCUCCGGGCGAGACUGCAAUGGGGCCGCCCAGGACUGUGAGCCCCACGGCCCAGACCAGGAACACUGGGCCAACAGAGCCAGGGCAUACACCCUGGACGGCCAGCAGGACAGCCAGCCCCCCCCACAGCUCUACUGUGAUUCCUGCAAGGCCAAAGUGAAGCGCCAGCAGCCAGCCCCUCACCGAGGCAGCAAUCCCGGCCCCACGCAGGACAACAUGGUGGACCUGACCUCCCUCCCCCCUCCAGGGAGUGAUGAAGAGGAGGAUGAAACCACAUCCCUCCUGCCUGCCAUUGCUGCACCGCCUCCCGGCUUUCAAGACAACAGCUCUGACGAGGACGACUCUAAACGCCGGGUGGCUGCAGCGGCAGCUGCCAUAGCAAAAGGGCAGGAGCCGGGACGCCAGCUCUGUGGCCUCCUGUACGAGGAGAUUCCCGUGACGCUCAUAGACAGCCUGCCGAUGCGGACGGUUCGAGAUCGUGCCCAGGACCUGGAUGAUGCUCUGGUCUCCACUCUGCAGGCCUUGGAAGCUCUGGCAGCCUCAGAAGAUGGUCCACACCCUCAGCCGCAGCAGACAGCAGGCCUCAUCGUUCUGGCUGCCAUCACCCCAGAGUCAUCAAUGGACUCCGGCCACGAAACCAACUCCUCCGAGAUCCACGAUGUCCCUGCAGCCGUGCAGCAACGCCAGAACGCUGCCUUCUUCCUGACUCAGCACCUGGCCCGGCAGGAUCUUCCUUUCCGCAUGCAGGCUGGUGGUGCCAGAGGGCCGCCUCAGCAUCAGGAUCCAGACCAGACCCCCAGUGCCACCUGCACUACAAGCAAGCGAGAAAAGGAGAAAGGCUGUGCCCAGCCCUUGCCCUCCCAGCGGCUCAGUGAGCCCAAUGCCAAAGGGGCAGUAUCCGAGCCCAAGGUUUCCCUCCCCUGCGGUACAGCUGUGGCCCCACACGCCACGGCUGUCCCUGCCCUGGGAAACAGCCACCCAGAGAGUGGGCUGCAGGACCAGAGAGCAGCUCCUGUCCUCGUCGCAUCAAGUCUGCAGCUAGUCGGCCACAAAGCCUCCCUUUCUGCAGCAGCAGCAGCAGCAGCAGUGUCCUUGCCAACGGAGGGCAGCACUCCGCCCUGGGAUCCUGACCCCAGGCAGCUGUCUGGUGCCCAGCCCUGCUCUGUGGGCCAGCUUCCCUCCAGCCUUCCUUGCUCCCAGAAGCAGCCAAGCAGUGAGGCCUGCCAGCAGAUCCCAGGACCCCUGGGCAGUCCUGUGGAGGUGGUUCCCCCUCCCCUGCCAGCAGCAGAAGAGGAGAAGCAGACACCCCAGAGCUGCCAGCCGAAGGGAAGGCAAGAGGGGGCAGGGCAGCUGGGGGCAGAGGAACUCCUGUGCCGGGGAGAGGGUGCCAGGCCACCUAGCCAGAGGGAGACACUCAUCAGCCAGGAGGAAAAAGGUCAGCAUGAAACGGGUGCCAACAGCCGCAGCACCCUGAGGCCCCCACCCUGCAGGAGCCCACAGACCUUCAGUAGCCCCGGAGGGGAGAGUCUGAAGGGGAAGGUCCCCGCAGGUAUUUGGACUGAAAGCCUGCCUUCCACUUCCAUGCUUUUAAAAAGGCCUGAAAAGGCACUGGCUGUUAUAGCACCAGACUCAGAUCUCCCGGCUAAACCUAAAGUGCCCAAAGCAUCAUUCCGGUUCAAGAACCUCAUUUCUGCCACUUUCCCAACGCGACUCAAGAGAGAGACCGAUGAGCGGCAGGCUCAGCUGCAAAAAGUGAGACAAUACGAACUUGAAUUCCUAGAAGAGCUGCUGAAGCCAAAGCCCAGGAGAGACCCCGUGUUUCCGGACUGUCUGGAUCCCUCGGCUACGGGGCGCUGCACCUGCCAGGUCCGGACCAGCCCUGUGCAGACUGGGCCAGGGAUAUCCAGGGAACAGAGGCGGAGUUGUGACUGCAAGCGGCUCAGCCGUGGCACCAGGCCCCUGCCUGGCCAGUCAACAGACCUAGAGAGGCAGAGCAGGAGCAGAGAGCUGCAGCAGGCAGAAGGGCCAAGAAAGUCCUCCGCUAGAGUCCCUCCCAAGAGCAGCCGGAUCAGGUCCACCAGCCUGGAAUCUAGGGAUUGCCGGUCUGACCCUGAAAACGGCCUGUCGUGCCUGACCACGUGUGCCUCUCCUGGAGAGUGCAUAGGAGCACCCCACUACAAGAAAUUGGUGCGGCGCUACAGUGUCAGUGAAGUUGAAAAGAUGGAGCAAAUGUCCCCAAGUUCCCCAGGCUACCUGAGCCAUUACCUGAGCAAGCAAAGGGAGGCCACGGCUCAAGUCCCUGCCUUGAAAGCCAAAUUGCAGGACCCCCACCCCACAGCAUCAGACCCCUCUUGUGUUCAAGUGACUGAGAAGAGCGAGAAAGGUGGUGCUGUGCUUCCUUUUCAGGAGGACAUCUAUCCGAGCCCCCACAAAUUGCCAGAGGAGGACGGAGAUGGGGAGAGAUGCUGCUCCUUCCGGUACUGCUUCUACUACAGGAAGUGCGACAUGGCUGAUGAUGGGAGUGAAAAGGAUGAGCUCUCUUACGCCAUUCCCAUGCCGAUUCUCCCAGAAGGGAAUAUCAGCCACCAGGCAAUCCCAGUUGUCAGCAGAACCCUCCAAGUUCUGGAUGCCACCGCCUGCAGCACUCCAGAAAACCAAACCCAGGAGAUAGACCUACGGACCUCUUCCUUUGAGGGCAAUCUGGCCAAGAUCCAUGCCCUGAAGGGCCACACCUACGCCUGGCCCAAUGGGUUCCUAGCUGUGCAGCUGGACACUAGUGAACUCUUGACCAUUCUGCGGCAGUGCAUCGUGAGCCCCGAGGCCCAGGAAGGCAAGCCGUAUCUCCCUCAGUUGACUGAGUACAAGCAAGAGUUAGCCCUUCAGUUCAAGGACUUCCGGGCCUCUUGCCGCAGAGUUGCUGCAGUCAACAAGAGCCCGACCUGCAUGCUGUCAGCAGUGAGCAGCAGCUUCCAAGUCCUGGGCAGCUUGAUUGAGACCUUUGUGCGGCUGGUGAACGUGGUGCGCUCAGAGUCUCAGCGCCAGGCGCUCUUGGCCAAAGUUGAAGAGAUUGUGAGGAACUACACAUUCUUAUUGAGAGCUGCCGAGGAGUCCACUGCCCGAACCUGCCACCGAGGGGACCAGGAAGCCGAGCAGCUGAGCCACCAAUCGGUGGCCUCUGUUGUGAACACUCUCACACGUUCCUUGAAGACGCUGAUGAACAAGUAA